AUGUUCUGUUUUGGUGGAUACCACUAUGGUUACAACGCUCUGAAAGAAAACUUUAUGAGUGUAGGCGUAUUCUCUUAUCUACGCAAUGGAACGGACUCUUCAAAACAAGAGAUGAUGUUCAACUAUGCAUUUAACACUUGGAUCAACACACAGAUGGUUCUGAUCAGUGGCGCCGGAUUAAUCAUGGACAAGGUUGGUCUACGAGUCUUGAAGCUUCUGGCAGUGUCCCUAUACUGUAUCGGAACAGUGAUGUUUGCAUUCACAAACGAAAUCGCGUCAGCCUUGUUGUUCCCUGCCGGGAUUUUGGUGGCACUAGGAAGUGUUUCAUCAUUAAUUUGCGACCAUCAGAUCAGUUCCAUGUUUCCUGCAGCCCAAGGUCUUGCAAUAGCACUGAUCUCCGGGGCUUUUGACUCCAGUGCCAUGAUAACGUUCAUCAUUACAAAAAUUUCUCCGGAUAUUUCCUUAGGAUCCUCGUUCGUAUUCCUUGCUGUUGCCUCACUUGUGUAUGGGCUUCUCAUGGGAUGUUUUGUUCUCACCCGCUGGGCCCCAGAUAUGGCAAAACAAUCGAGAAUUGAGGAGAUAAUUCAUGGUAUGGAACUUGGUCCUGAAAAACAGAUACACAACGCGUCGGCGAUCGAACAAGUGGAGGUGGAUAAAAUUCUGCAAAACAUUGUCAGAAAACGCUAUCCGACAUUGCAAAGCUGCAUUUUGUCCCUGCCGUUUGCGGCUUUGUCUCUAUCGUUCACGAUCGCUUUGCUUCGUUUGACUUACUUCUUCACUCAACUGGUUCCCAUUUUGAAUCGUGCUUUUCCCGACCAACCCGAAACCGUUACCUCACUUUUGAAGAUUUCUUCCAUUCUACUCACUGCUGGAUUGGUAGUCUCUCCUUUCUCUGGAUUUGUGCUAGUCUAUUCAAAAUUAUAUUUCAAAAGGCGGAUUGAGCAAGCUAUAUCACAAACAAGCAGCACUACAGGGGAAAUUGAUCUGUACUGGAUGUAUAUCCGAAGUAUGGCACCCGGGUUUCUGGUGCUAGCCGUUUCAGGUAUUCUGUGCAGCGCCUUACAGUUUUCCACCUCCCAGAUUGCAUUCUACACAUCAUGUAUUGUUUUGGCUGUUUAUCGAUCUGUAUUGUUUAGCGUCUGCACUAAUUUUAUUCUGAUUGCAUUCCCUCUGAGAAACUUUGGCACUGUCAAUGGUCUGUUAUAUACACUCGGUGGGAUUCUUAAUCUGUUGGAGAAUAUCAUGCAACACGUGGACACUGUUUCCGGGGUUAGUAUUUCUUUGGCUAAUUCGUGCAUGCUUCUCAUCACUCCAAUCUUUCUAUUCCUGAAACGCAACUAG